GGGCGUUUUCCGGCGCGCAUGCGCAGCGCUGAGCUUCGCGUCUGCCGGAGCAGCUCUGCUUCGAGCUCCUGCUUGGACGCGCUCGGCUGUGGGGGCUGUGGUGGUGCCGGGCGUCCGACAUGGCGGAGGCGCUGGAGAUGGGCAAAGACCCCAACGGGCCCACCCAUUCCUCCACUCUGUUCGUGAGGGCGGACGGCAGCCCUCUGUCGUUCUACGUGCGGCCCAGCCCGAUGAAGCGCCGGCUCUCGACGCUGAUCCUGCACGGCGGCGGCACCGUGUGCCGCGUACAGGAGCCCGGGGCGGUGCUGCUGGCGCAGCCGGGGGAAGCGCUGGCCGAGGCCUCGGGCGACUUCAUCUCCACGCAGUACAUCCUGGACUGCGUGGAGCGCAACGUGAGGCUGGAGAUGGAAGCCUACCGGCUGGGCGCGGCCUCGGCGGGCGAGCAGGCUCCGGAGUCCAAGCCCGGGGCCUCCGGCGAUGGCGCCGCCGAGCCUGAGCCGCAGCGGCUCUCCGGACGCGUCGCCUUCACGGACUCGGACGACGUGGCCAUCCUGACCUACGUGAAGGAACACGCCCGCUCGCCCAGCUCGGUCACGGGCAACGCCCUGUGGAAGGCGAUGGAGAAGGGCGCGCUCACGCAGCACUCGUGGCAGUCCAUGAAGGACCGCUACCUGAAGCACCUGCGCGGCCAGGAGCAUAAGUACCUGCUGGGGGACGCGCCCGUGAGCCCCUCAUCCCAGAAGCUCAAGCGGAAGGCGGAGCAGGACCCCGAGGCUGCAGACAGCGGGGAACCACAGAAUAAAAGAACUCCAGACUUGCCUGAAGAAGAAUAUGUGAAAGAAGAUAAUGGAGAAAAUGAAGAAACAGUCAAUAAAAUGCUUGUAGAAACCACCCAGGACUUUGAAGAAGUUGUGGUGAAUGAGAGCUCUGAUUUUGAAAUCCAUAUAACUAUGUGUGAUGAUGAUCCCCCCACACCAGAAGACUUGGAAACACAGCCGGAUGAAGAGGAAGAAGAAAAAGUUUCUUCACCAGAGGUGGGAGCUGCCAUUAAGAUUAUCCGGCAGUUAAUGGAAAAGUUUAACUUGGAUCUAUCAACAGUUACACAGGCCUUCCUAAAAAAUAGUGGUGAGCUGGAGGCCACUUCCUCCUUUCUAGAGUCUGGUCGGAGAGCAGAUGGAUACCCCAUUUGGUCCCGGCAAGAUGACUUAGAUUUGCAAAAAGAUGAUGAAGCUACCAGAGAUGCAUUAGUCAAAAAAUUUGGUGCUCAGAAUGUAGCUCGGAGGAUUGAAUUCCGAAAGAAAUAAUUAACAAUAUAAUGAGAAAAGAAAAAUACGGCAGUUGAACAGUUGUGACCACUGAACUUUGGGAAGUUCUUACAUUGAAACUGACACUUCUGGCCAGUGCUGCUAUCGUUCUAUGAGUGUCAGAUUUUGCAGCCAAGCAGAGUAUGUAGGAGGGAAAAAGUCACAGAAAUUGGGUAUAUUUAGAGUUGUCCCUGGCAGGUAUCAGUAUGUUUAUGAAAAGAAAAUCUGAACCAGAAAAGUUGAUCUAGUAGGUGAUAACCCUUUGCUGGAAUGGAAGACCAACUGUAUUAGUGACAGGAGGUUAGUGACAGUCAAAAGAGAAAAAUCAGGACCAUAGGUCUUUUCACACAGCUUGAGUAAAGAGCUUUCAGUCCUUUGCUUGAAAUUUGUCAGAUUAUAGUAGAAUCAAAUCCAAGAACUUGGAAAUACAGAAACUUAUGAUUACAUGGACUGUCCCAAACAUUCCAUUCCCCAGUGAGCUCUAAACUUCUAGAGCGUUUUGAAAAUCCCAUAUUUGCUUUGCUAACUUAGUAUUUGGGGCCCCUGAUCUUUAGCUGUUGUUUUCUUGGAGCACUUCUCAGUCAAGUCUCUAGUAUAUGUUUCUUUACCUAGCACUCAGUUUUGUUUCAAACAUAGACAAAAC